GGACCAGCAGCAGCGGAGCGCAAAAGAAGUCUCAUGCCGACGCAUUUGAGGCCAAAUUUUUAAUGUUUGAGGGACGUUAAUCCUGUCAACGCACUCACCGAAAUCAUCAACUCACUCAGUGGUAGGUAUUUGCACGAUAAUCUAAUCGAAAGCGUCCUGUUACGCAGGUAUAAAAUCAAUAAGGACGGCGGAUGGUGGCACCUCGCGAGGAGGAGGAAACAAGGGGAGCUGAGCUGCUCUGCGGCCUGUCUGCUUCAAGACACACACACCACUCUGCUCAACGCAAGAUUUGUCAGGGGCGUCGGUGAAUGGCUUGCAAAACGAAAUGGAUGCAGACUGAACUGGAAAUUUCCACGCUAUUUUUUCUAGGCUCUGGGUUAUCGUGGUGUUUUGAUGCUGUGUUAUGCACAUGUUCAGGUUUUGCAACCAGGUGAAAUACAGCCUGGCCAGCCAUGUCCGACAUUGCAGACACUCCUGAAAAGGCAGAUUCGGAAAGUCGCUGCUCCACCCCUCAAGCAGCCUCUGUUGCCUCACUUGACUUGGAUGACUCAUCCAAAUUGGGCAGUCGCAACCGCACCAGAUCUUCAAGGUCUACCACUCCCGUGACAAAAGCUUUGAGACCGAGGCUAAAGGUCAGUGAAAGUCCGAACAGCAGCCAUGACGGCAAAUUUGAUGAUGACGACGACGACCCAAUGGAUGAAGGGCCUUUGGUAGAAAAGCGCAAACAUGCAAUGGAGGGCGAGCUCAUUCAUGACCCAUAUUGCUGGAUAUGCCACAAGGAGUUGGUUGAUGGAAACUCGAAACCCUGCUACACAUGUCUGCGGUCGCUUCACCCGAAGUGCGCCCCAGCCAUCAAGUUUCCCAACAUGCAAUCCAAUCCAGAUCAUUGGGAGUGUCCAGAAUGUUCUCCAUUUUCAUACGAGCCAAAACCGCGUAGUGAAGGCUCACAGGAGCAGUUGGACGUUUUGUUCAAGUAUGUCAUUGACCGUGCAGCGACGCAGGCAACUGAGCCUUUCCUCAACCCCGUGGAUCUCAAGGAAUUUCCACAGUAUUUGGACUAUAUUGUUCACCCUAUUUGUAUUACGGAAAUAGAAGAAAAACUUAACAAGAGCCUUUACCUCUCUCCGAGAGAACUCCUAGCUGACUUUAAGUGGAUUCAUCAUAAUUCCAUUAUAUUCAAUUCAGCCCAAGCUAAACUUACCUCAAUAGCCAAACAAAUGCUACGAGUGGUACGAGAGGAGACCAAGGAAAUCGAGAACUGUCCUAAUUGUCUCUACAAUGCCUACACCAUGAAACCUGAUUGGUUCAUACAAGCUUGUGAUCGUCCCCAUUUACUUGUGUGGGCUAAGAUGAAGGGAUUCCCGUACUGGCCAGCCAAGGCCAUGGCAUUUAAUCAAGCACAAACGUUGGUGGACGUUAGAUUUUUUGGCAAACAUGACAGGGCACAUUUGCCUAUUGUGGACUGCAUGCUGUACACAUCAUGGUAUCCGGCACCUGCCCAGGUUAAAAAACCUCGUGAGGAUGUUGCUGCUUGCAUUAAGGAGGUUGACCAGCACAUUGCUAAACUGAAGCAGAAAUUUGGCACUUUCGUAUACGCAUCGACCAUUACUUUUCUCAACCCGAAAGAUAUGGAAGGCCAAGUGAAGAAGAUGCUUCCUAAUUACAAGCCUGACACUAUGGGAAAGCAAAUACCUGCAGCCUCUGAGGUUGCCAAGGGUGCUACUGAAAAUAGCAAGAAAAUAGAACUUGCUUCCAACCUUACGCCCAAUGUAGUCUUAACUCGUCUCUCCGAGGUUGACAAACACGCUUUGAAGUGCCCAACAGCAACUGCAGCUGUGGUAGAGGACAAGAUAAAAAUCGAGAAGUCUCCGAACAACAGUAGAAAAAACUCAACUGAAGGAGACGAAUCGCAAGAUUUGAUGAGCAACUCUGUCAGGGCAAAAACACCAUCUGCGAUUGUGAACAAAGCUGCACCGUCUCUCACUCAAUUGAAUAGAAAAAGUGAUGGAAGUGAAACUAUGCUGAAACGCAAACUCCCACAAACCACUAAUAAAGGCGUGCCAGAGUUGGCAAAGCGUUCAACAAAGGGAAGCAUCAUGGACGUAGCACUGAGCAGUGAUUCUGAAAGAGAGAGUAAAAAUUCCAAAAAAGGGAGUGUGAAUAGUUUGGCAAAGGAGCUUGAGGCUUUAGGCUCUGACCUGAGUGACUCUGAUGACGAAAUUGAAAAUUUUGUUGAACAAGAAAUUAAAGAAAUCCCUGCAAAGAAAUCAAAGAUUGAAACCAUAGAUGAUGACGACGCUGAAAUGCUGAUGCUUGAAGCUCAGGAUUUUGAAAUUUCCAAAAAUGAAAAAGCUGCGAGACCGCAGUCACCUAUGAAGGUUAAACCAGGAGGCUCAAAUGUGGAUCAACAGAAGCAGAAGAAGAUUGCCGAUGGAAUCAAAGUUUUGAACAGCUUGAAGGUGCAAGGCUUGGAUGUGACUCAAUUGCCCUCUGGAAAUUCAUCGCCGAUGUCUCAGUCAUUUGCAGACAUGUCUAGUGACUCUUCUGAGUUUCUUGAGUCCGAUAUUGAAAUGGAAAAGGACGUGAUUCAUAGCCAUGAGCCUAUUAUUGAAAUGCAGGUAGAACCUGAUUUAUCAAUUGAAUAUGAGAAAAAAGCACCUGUGAAAAGAGCGCCCUUAAAAAGCGUGACAAAAUCUCCUCUGAAAAACUUCACAAAAUUUUUCCCUAAAAAUGCACUGAGUUCAUCUCACAAGAGCUUGCUCAAGUCGGCUCCAGUCAAACGGCCAGCGAUUCCAAUUGCAACUGCACCGUCAAAUGAGCACCCAGCUAGCUCACCUAAAACGGCGGCGCAACAGUCUCUACUUAAGAGUUCUCUGAUGCUCAUGCCUAAUAAAGCACGGAAGACACUGCCAUCGGCUUCUCUUCUCUCGCAAAGGCUCACAGUUCCAAAGAAAACUCCUCCGAAGAAAUUUAUUAUAUCAUCCACACCUGUUAGUAAUACAGUCCAAGAUGAUGCAAAUGAUAGCAAGGCUGACGGUGCUGUUUUGACAGAUUUGCCAAACAAGGCCGGUCCGUCAACUGCAAAACUGAAUGUCACAGCUGAAAAUUUGGCUGAUCACAUGAAACAAACCAUCUACUCUUUGAUCAACGAUUUGGUAUCCACUUCAGGUGAAGACUUAAAGACUGAAAACGCUAAUUUGAAACUGCAACUGGAAGCUGAGAGGUGGUUUCACAGAUCCACAGUUGACGAGCUGAAAAAAAAUCAAGAUUCUGUUAUGCAGGAGUUUGACAUGCUUAUUGAAGAGAGCAAUCUUCGAGCCAAGAUAGAAGCACAGAGAGUGGCUGAGUACGAACUGAAGCAAACGAUCAAUGAAGUCAAAAGGAAAACUUGGUGUUCAGUCUGUCUCAUUGAAGCCAGCCUGUAUUGCUGCUGGAACACGUCUUACUGCAGUUUCCACUGCCAGAAGAGACACUGGCCUGACCACAAGAACAUGUGCAAGUCAAAACUGAAUACCGGUGCGGGAAAUUUGCCGAAGAACAUUGAAAGUAUCAACAGCGCUACAAAUGGACUGCCUCCUUCGAAGCCCUUGUUGCAUUCUGUUCCCAGUUCAACAGUGGCUUCAACUAAUGGCUCAGUGACUAUGACAAAAACCUUAAAGAAAUCCGUUCCAACCAGUUUGGCAUCUCACACCAUAAUAGGCACAGCAAGCUCUUUAAACAUGUCUCAGGCUGGUGAAAUAUCUGCCGGAAUUCCUCAAUUGAUCGCUGUUGCCCCAACCUCAACAUCUCUCAUAGAUCAGUCCGAGCCUGGGAUGCGGACAGCGACACACUUUUUGAUGACGCCAGCGAUGAGUAAUGUACAAGUGAAGCUUCCAGCAGGUAUUCACCACACCACUCUGCCUCCUUUGAUUACAACAAGGCCAGUCCAGACUGUAGCCAAAUCAUCCUCAACACAACAGGUAACGGCAACACCUCUCUUUCAAUUCUACAAAGAAUCGACCGAGUGAACGGACUUAUUUAUCGGUCUGCAAAUUCAAAUGUUUUUAUGUGUUUAUUUUGAGACUUGAGAGCGUCCAACGACUGUGCCAAAUAGAUAAGAACAAACUUCUGGUUUAAAGUGCUGCGCUGAAAAGUGUGCUCCGAUUGUUGGAACAAUAUUUGCAAACUUUCUAGGUUAAGCUCUGAAUUUCUAAUUUUGCGUAAAAAAUAUUCAACAAAUUUCUCGAAUCUCAUCGAUCAGUCUAGUGAUACAAUGAACAAGCAAAUAAUGCAGCAACCUAUUUUGCAAAUGUGUAGAGUAAAACAUUCCUUGUGAACUUAAAAAUUUUAUUUUUGCUUAUUGCUAGAAAUGUUCAAGCUGUAAAUUUGAAUUAAAUGUCUGAAUGACACACUUCGUAAUUAUUACUUCCAGUGCAAAAGCUAUUUUAUUGAUUAACUUUUUAGCUUUAUAUUACAUUGAUUAAAUAAUCUAUGUCGACAUUCUACUUGUAAAUGUAUUCAUUGUUCCGAAUUAAAAAGCUGGUGCUAAAAUAUUGUAAUGUAUCCAUCGUCAUUUCUGAACAAGUAAUAAAAACUUCCGAUGGUUCUAAACAAACAUCUUUUU